AUGGCAGAGCAGAGCAUAGCAGUAGACAGCAGAGAGCAGCAGCGGAGCAGCAGCAGAGCGGUGGCGGCACAGAGCAGUAGCAGCAGAGCGGCGGCAGCAGUGGCAGGAGCAGAGCAGAGAGAGAGCAGUAGCAGAGACAGCGGUGGCAGUAGCAGCGGCGCAGCGGCAGCGGCGGCAGCAGCAGCGGCGGCAGCAGCAGCGGUGGCGGCAGCAAGUGCAGCGGCGGCAGCAGCGGUAGCAGCAGCGGCGGCAGCAGUGGUGGCAGCAGCAGCGGCGGCAGGUAGCGGCAGCAGUGGCGGCGGCAGCAGUGGCGGCAGUAGCAGCGGCGGCACGGUGGCAGCAGCAGCAGCAGCAGGCGGCGGCAGCACUGGUGGUAGUAGCGGUAGUAGCAGCAGUGGCGGCGGCAGCAGCGGCGGUGGCAGUGGUGCAGCAGUGGCGGCAGCAGGUGCGGUGGUAGUUUUAGCGGCGGCGGGCAGCAGCAGUGGUGGCGGCAGCAGCAGCAGUGGCGGCAGCAGCAGCGGCGGCAGCAGCAGCAGCAGCGGCGGCAGCACAGCAGCAGUGGCAGCAGCAGCGGUGGCAGCAGCGGCGGUGGCAGCAGCAGCAGUGGCGGCGGCAGAGCAGCGGAAUAGUGGUCUGUCCCAGGACACCAGCAGUAGUGGCAGCAGCAGUGCGGCGGCGGCAUUUAGCAGCAGCAGCAGCGGCAGCAGGGAAUUGACAGCAGCGGGCAGCAGCAGCAGCAGCUGGCGGCGGCAGCAUUACGGCGGCAUUUCACAAGCAGUAUCAGUGGCGGCAGCUCAGCAGCAGCAGCGGCGGCAGCAGCGGCGGCGGCAGGCAGUAGCAGCAUAUCAGAGGCAGUGGCAGUAUAGCAGCGGCAGCGGCGCAGCAGCAGUAGCGGUGGCAGCAGCGGCGGCAGCAGCAGCGGCGGCAGCAGCGGUGGCAGGUAGUAGUGGCGGCAGCAGCGGCGGCAGCAGCAGCGGCGGCAGCAGCUUUUUAGCAGUGGCCAGUAGCAGUGGCAAUAGCAGCGGCGGCAGCAGUAGCAGUGGCAGCAGUGGAAGGCGGCAGCUUGGUGGCAGCAGCGGCAGCGGCGGCAGCAGCGGCAGCGGCAGCAGCAGCAGCGGCGGCAGCAGCAGCGCGGCAGCAGCAGCAGCAGCAGCAGCAGCGGCAGCAGCAGUGGCGGCAGCAGCAGCAGUGGCGGCAGUGGCAGCAGCGGCGGCGGCAGCAGCAGUGGCAGCAGUGGCGGCAGCAGCAGCAGUGGUGGUGGCAGCAGCAGCGGCGGCAGCAGUAGCAGCAGCGGCAGCAGUGGCAGCACCAGCGGCGGCAGCAGCAGCCAGCAGCGGUGGUGGUGGUAGCGGCGGCAGCAGUGGCGCAGCAACCAGCGGCGGCGGCAGCAGCAGCGGCGGCAGCAGCGGCAGCAGCGGCGGCAGCAGUGGCGGCAGUAGAAAGCAGCGGCAGCAGCAGCAGUGGCAGCGGCACAGCGGCGGCAGCAGCAGGGUGGCAGCAGCGGCAGCAGCAGCAGUGGUGGCGGCGGCAGCAGUGGAAAGCAGUAGCAUAGCAGCAGCGGCAGCAGCAGCGGCGGCAGCGGAGCAGCGCGGAGUGGUGGCGGCAGCAGCAGGGGUGGGCAGUCAGCAGCAGCAGCGGCAGCAGCAGCGGCGGCGGCAGCAGCAGCAGUGGCAGAGCAGCAGCAGUGGCGGCAGCAGCAGCGCAGCAGCGGCAGCAGCAGCAGCGGCGGCGGCAGGCAGUGGGGCAGCGGCGGCAAUAGCAAUAGGGCAGUAG